UCAAAAUGGCUGCCUUGUCCGGAAAAUCAGGACAUUUCGAGGUUUUUAUUAGACAGCAAUGGUGUAAAGUAACAGCUACUCUAAAUGAUGAAUCCCUUACAUUGUCACUGGAUGAGCCGCCUGAAAACAUGUCUGCUUCUUCUACUGCAAAUGAUAUUUCAGUGCAGUCUCUAAAUUUAUCAUCUCCAAAAACGGAAACAAAUAUUGUCCCAGACAACAUACCUGGACAGAAACGUACUGUCAAGGUUUUAAAAGAGGAAACAAAUGGACUUGGUAUAAGUAUUAAAGGGGGCAGGGAAAACAAGAUGCCAAUUUUAAUAAGUAAGAUAUUUAAAGGCAUGGCAGCUGACAAAACCGGCCAGCUUUUUGUCGGCGAUGCGAUCAUGGCAGUUAAUGGGGAAGAUCUCAAAGGUGCUACUCAUGACGAAGCUGUGAGAGCAUUGAAAAAUGCUGGAAAAAUUGUUGAAAUCGAAGUUAAAUAUUUACGAGAAGUCACUCCAUAUUUUCGGAAAAACUCUGCAUUGAAUGAGCUUGGUUGGGGAAGCCAAGACACAUCCCAGGAUUCCACACAAACAAACUGGUCUGAGAGCAAGACAAUCCCGUUGAAACUCUGCUACCUCUGUCGAAACCUCAGCAUGACAGACUCAGAUAAGAGAACAAUAGAGCUACAUUCACCAGAUGGAAAGAGCUCCUGCAUCUUAAGGUUUCCGAAUGCUGCUACAGCACAUGAAUGGUUUAAUGCUCUUCACGCAAAUGUAACAAUGCUGACUGCACAGGCGAUAGAAGAUGCGAAUGUUGUCAUGAGUUCUGCACCAAACCAAAGAGAAAUUAGCCAUGUAGGAUGGCUGUCAGAGCAGCUGAUUAAUGAGCAGGGUAAACCUACAUGGAAGCCAGUAUUUAUCGCCUUGACUGACAAGGAUCUGCUGAUGUAUGACACUGCCCCCUGGAGCAAGGAGGAAUGGGCCACACCCUUCCAGAGCCACCCACUCCUAGCUACCAGGUUGGUCCACUCAGGACGACAGAAUGGGGACAUUCUCACGUUUGGUACCCGGUCUGGCACGAGAAACGGGAUAGAGACACACAUGUUCAGAGUGGAAACCCAGCGCGACCUCGCCCACUGGUCACGUGCGCUGGUGCAGGGGUCACACGGGGCUGCUUCUAUUGUCAAGGAAGUCACUUGUCCUGCUAGCUGGCAGAACCAGAAGGGAAAGCUAACCUUGCACUACGAAAAUGGGUUCGCCAUGCACUGCCUCAAACUGCCAGCAGAAGGGGAGAAGUCCAAGCUGCUCUGGUAUUUCCCGUUUGAAGCCCUCCGCAUGUCCGCUGACGACGGGCAUAGGCUGCUCUGGCUGGAUUUUGGGGAAGCUGGGGAGAAGGAGCUGGAUCUGGAGUCGUGUCCGAAGCCGCUGGUGUUCGUUCUGCACACGUUUUUGUCUGCCAAAGUCAGCCGACUCGGUCUUGUUGCAUGAUGGAUAUCCAUACAGUGUGUUUUUCAAGAAAGAAAGUUAAUGAGUCCCCAUGGCCUGGUGUUGGCCAUAACUCAAAAACCUUCAAAGACGAUUACAUCAAAUUUACUGUAUAUGUUCACAACCACUCUGGCUAACAUAAUUGUUGAGUUAUGUCCCUUGACCAUCUGGGAAAACCAGAUGAGCGUUGACACCUGCUUGUGGUCUCCUUGUUUAUAUGGUCUUGUGGCCUGAUGGACAUCUUUACAUGAGUGUUGUCCUUGAUUUGCUGUUGCUUAUGCCAAAGUCUAAAAGGACUGUUUUUCAUGAUUUUUCAAUCAAACAUUUGGAUCAUUCAUUGUUAACUUGUUAUGAUCUCUGAAUAAGGACUUGAACUAUUGAUUAUUGGCAGGUACAUCGAUAUACUAGUUUAGGAUAUUUUAAGCUGUAUAAAAUUAUUUAUUUAAAAUCUUCUUAACUAAGCUAGGGCUUUUUCACCUUCCAUAGCAGAGGCCGAAACUUGGCUACUCCCAAUUGAAAAAAAGAGAGUAUUUUUUCCACAAUUAAUUGACCCUCGUUAACACAUUAUUAUCUCUGAAUAUGGAUUUGAACUAUUGAUUAUUGGCAGGUACAUCGAUAUACUAGUUUAGGAUAUUUUAAGCUGUAUAAAAUUAUUUAUUUAAGAUCUUCUUAACUAAGCUAGGGCUUUUUCACCUUCCAUAGCAGAGGCCGAAACUUGGCUACUCCCAAUUGAAAAAAAGAGAGUAUUUUUUCCACAAUUAAUUGACCCUCGUUAACACAUUAUUAUCUCUGAAUAUGGAUUUGAACUAUUGAUUAUUGCCAGGUACAUCAAUAUACUAGUUUAGGAUAUUUUAAGCUGUAUAAAAUUAUUUAUUUAAAAUCUUCUUAACUAAGCUAGGGCUUUUUAAACUUUUAUAGCAGAGGCCAAAACUUGGCUUCUCCCAAUUGAAAAAAAAGAAAGAUUUUUUUUCCCGAAGUAUUGACUCUUUUUUCCCAAAAAUACACUUUUUUUAUUAUUAUUUUUGUUUAGAUCAUGGAAUCAUUGUUUUUGCUUAUGUUGGAAUAGUAGUGUUUGCUUCUAAUUUUAUGUCAAUCUUUUAUAAAUGCGCUUGAAGUGCUUUAACACUGUUCAAUUUUUCCAAUUUGUAGCUUGACAUGUUAAAUUUUUGAAAUUGAAAAUGCCAAAAAUUUGAUGGCAUGGAAGUUAAUACUUCCAGUUUCAAUUUCUUAAUGGAAGCCAUGGUAUAAAUUAAUUAAUUCAUGAACUUUCACAUGUUGAUUUCUGUCUCAUCCUGUGGUCAUCAUAUCAAAGAUAAUCAUAUCUGAGUAAAACAUGAUACAUUGUAACAUGUUUUAGGUAAAUUCAAUUUAUGCAGAUCUUUUCAGUGAAUUAGCGGAUGUAUUUCAUAAAUGAGAAAAACUGAAAAAACAACAACAUGAAAACAUGUUAGUUAGAUGUGUCCUUUUUAUUCACAUUUAUGCUAUAUAGAUUAUAAUUAUAGUUUCCAAAAUACUCUUAUUCAAAGGCUGUGUAUUAAGAUUGUAUACAUGUAUAUAAAAUGUAUUAGUACAUUUUGUACAAAAUAAAAUAGUACACGGUAUUAUUAUAAGUUUUUCAAGUGUAAAUUUAUUAUUUUUAACAAUAUCAUUAUUAACUUGUAAAACAUUAUGAACCAUGCUCAACUUUUCAAAAAGUUUUAUUUAUAUUCAUGCAUAACAAUGCAAGGUUGACAUUGCUGAUUCAUUUUUUGACUUAUUGUCCGUUUACCUUGUCUCUUCUUAAAGGUAAUAGUAAAAAUGAUUACCAUUAAAAACUGUUUUACUUUUGCUAAAGAUGUAAAAAUAAUAUGCUUGUUUCUAGUUUCCGGACCUACCCUUUUUCACCCCAGUACUAAACCUUUUUAUUCCUUUUAGAAAUGUUUUUUAUCAUUAGUUUGAUUUUUUUCUUUUAAAAGUUGAAAAUGAUUUUUUUAACAAUACUUGUGAUGCUAAUACUGAUUGUAUAGAUGUUCUAAAGCAUUUGAUUUAUAGUUUUUGGCACAAGGAAAAACUAAAGAAACACUUUAUCUAAUAAAAAUAAGAUUUUCUGACCUUCCUUCCCUAUUUAUUUUAGACAUAAAACUGGAAACAAACACAUUCUUUUUUAUGUCUUAUCGAGUUCUUGCACGAGGGUGAGAUAUUGUUUAUUUUUGCUCCACUAAACUGCUAAAACCCAGGUGCCAAAUUAAUUGUUUAGUUAAGCAAUAAUAAAUGAUAACUACCUUAGUGUUGACAUUUAUGCCUCGAUACUAGCAAGCGCAAAUGCAAUGACCCACUAAAUGUUUUACUGUUUAUCCACUUUGCUUAUAAUCUGUUUAGUGAACAUUGGUAAGAAGAAGAGCAUAUAAUAUAUCAUGAUUAUUUAAUUAAUUGACUUCAUAAAUUACAUUAUAUUGUGUGUAUACAUAUAUCAUUCUCCAUAUGAUUGUAAAUACAGUCAGCCUUGUAUUAAUUGGCUGCUAAAGACAUGUGACCACUUAAUGCAGGUUGGUAAUUGCUGCCACUUAAGCUUUGUAGAAAACAAAACCCAGUUCAAUAUUGUAUGUAUAAAUGCAACUUACACGGUACGAACCACUAUGCACCUACUCACUGCUUGUUCUACCAGGAAGGUGGUGGCACACCCAGAAGAUUGAGAAAAUCUGUAAAUAUUGUUGUAUGAAUCCCACCUGUGGAGCAUGGAAAUCUGUCAAAAUACAUGGGGCCUGUUUCAUCAAAGAAUCCUAGUGGUAAAUUCAAUAAUUUUAGAUCUGUGUAAAUAUCAUUUAUUGCAAAAAGUUCAUUUAUUAUUUCUUCAACUUUGUGCUCAAUUUUAAUGCAGGCUAAAGUUCAGAAUACAUUGAAACAUGUGUGAAUACAUGUAGCAAAAUUACAAAAAUAAGGGUCUUAUGAAAUUUUAAUUUACAACUUAGAUCUUUUUUGAUACAGGCCAUAGGGGUUGGAGGUGUUUUUAUGUUUCACUGUUGAAACCUAAUAUUACUUGAAUUAUACACUAUUCCUGAAAUUCUCUGUCAAAUUCAUUUUUCACAGCACAAUACAAUGUGCCCUUUUUCUCCCUUAGCAAAUUGUCCCUUUUCUGCAGCACCCUGUCCUGUUAAAUGCUGGAUUAAACCCCAGUGAACGAAUUGCUUCAAAAAUCUUAAUUAUAAGGGAAAUAACUCUUGUACCUCUAGUACCUUUAAUUCCUUUUCGGUAAUUCUUCGCUUGAUUUCCUUAAUUUGGCGCUCUCAUUCAUUGUUAGAAUUUAAGUCGCGGGAACGGUCGUCGAAUAUUUUUAGAUGAAACCCCACUGAAUGACUCAUAAAUUUCACUUUAACAAUCAGGAUGGCUCUGCUUGAAAGGUCUUCUUUUUGCUAUUUGACGUAAUCAAGGGAACUUAUACAAUUAUAUUGUUAGGUAAAUGUGUAUAUUUGUACUCUUGUGGUGUUCUAGUCAUUGGGAAAAAAAGUAAUUGCCUGUUUAUCGUGUAGAGAUACAUUUAACUGUUUACAUUAAGUUUGCUAGUAUAGAAAUUGAAUUAAAAAAAUCCCCAUAAAAAGUAGAUUAGGGGCCAUGAUUACAAACAACUUAAGUCUGAGUUCAGAUUCAAGUGGCAAAACUACAAAUCUUCAGUUCAUUGUAACUUUCUUUCUAGUUGAGAUUUGAUGAUGAAAUUUAUUGAAUUUAUUUUUCUAUUUCAAAGUGUAGAUUUAUACAUAUUUAUUUUUGCAAAACGAAUGAAAUCAAUAUGAUUUUUUUGUUAUUUAAUAAAAGUACUCAUCUGAGUCUAGAUUUGCACAUAAGACUGUUCGUAAUCAUGGCCCUAGCCUGGGCCCACCAUAUUCACUUGCUUUUUGAGUCUCAGUUUCAGACUCGAGCUAAGGAAACUGAUUCUUAAAUGUUCCAAAAUAUCUAUAAUAUAACUUAAUUUGACAAAAAAUGUGUGCCUGAGUGAAAAUCAGAUUAUUUGUAAAAGAUACAGCAAUGCUUACCAUUUUCGCUCCUAUAAUAUAUAAUUUAUAUUAAGAUUUUGCUUUUCUGUGUCUGAGUUUAAGACUGAGUCUCAAGCAUUAGUUGGUAAGGGCCGAGAUAUUUUAAUGAAAUGCUUGUAACAUUUUGCUGUUUGAAAUUCUAGUUAAAGUUUGUAGAAAUUAUAUUAUAACCACUUUUGGCUUCAUGAAAUUGUACUGAGAAUGUUUCGCUUUUAGAAAUGUCUUAAUCUUAACUAUGUAAGAUAUAAAGAAUACUUAUUAUUAUUAUGUAUUAUGCUGCAGCUAUCACAGAGAUCGCUGAUUGCCGAGAAAGCCAGUAUCAUUAUGCACAUCACAAAAUCAUUCAAUGUGAAUGUUGUUGUUUUUAAUAAUUUUUUGCUUCCAUGAAUCCACAUUAUCCACCAUGGGAAGACAAAAUAGAGAAUUAUGGUGACUCUCUUGCCUCUCUUCAAUGGGACAUUUUUAGCUUGGCUAAUUUAAAAAAAAGGUUUAAAGUAUUGUCAUAGCCUUAAUGUCAUUGUAAGCACAUACGUCUGAAGCAGUGGCCUCAUGGUGCAAAUACUUGCACCUUGGCCUUAACUCUGAAACUGUUCACCAUAUUCAAAUGAAAUUGGUACACAUCUUGGAAAAUCUACACAUGUUGGAAAAUCUACACAUUUUGGAAAAUCUACACAUACAUGUAUACCAAGGCACAUAACUCAUAACAAGUGUUUAAUAAUUGUUGAGUUAUGCCCCUUGUUUUGAAUUUAAAAAACAAACAGACAGACAAGUGUUUGUGUUUUCUCGGGGGCGGUUACAUUUUCUCCUGAAGGACAGUCCAAACUUGAAAAACUGUCCGGCGAGUUGUAUUCCAAAUAUAAUCGACCUUAUUCAGCUGUACAAUAUGUUCUAUGGUACAUGCGCGUAUACUCAUACUAAUGUAUAUAAUGAAUCAUGUACUCAGUGAUUCUGCCUCUUUGCCAGUAAAUGUAAGAGAUUAGGACUGAAGAAAUUGCAAAAUCAUGUCAUUUAAUUUCAUGGUCAAAUAUUUGUUAACAAUAAUCAUAGAAUUGUUUUUGUUUGAAAGGAGAUAAUACCUGUAUGUUAAGAGUCAUUAUGUUCUUGACUGAUGGAAAUUGUGGUAUCAUUUUAUUUAAUGUCAUGGUCAGCUCUUUGUUAACAUAGGAUCUUUUUACAUGUGGAUAUUAACAUAGAAUCUGUUGAACAGCUCAGUGUUAACAUAGAAUCUGUUUGACAAGUGGAUGUUAACAUAGAAUCUGUUUAACAUGUGGAUGUUAACAAAGAAUCUGUUUGACAAGUGGAUGUUAACAAAGAAUCUGUUAAGCAUGUGGAUGUUGACAUAGAAUUUGUUUUCAUGUGGAAUGAGAUACAUUUAAAUCAUCACAUUUGGCGCAAACCUCUGUGAUGUUGUUCAUUGAGGAAAAUAUAAAAUCAAUUCAAUAUCUUUUUGUCAUGGUCAGUUUUUGUAAAUGUAGAUUUUUUUUACAUGUGAAAUUAGAUAUAUGUUGUAUAUAUAUUAUAUGUGUUAUUUAUUUAUGUUGUUAUGUUUUGAUAGAUUUACCCUUUACUCUUUAUAUAAAAUUCUUUACAAAAUGUUAGCGGCACCAUUUAGUUAUUUUUUAGUUAGUUUUCAUCAUGAUAAAUAAAUUGUCUGCACGAAUGUUAUCCUUGCUUUAAUAAAUGUUUGGACAAUAAACGACAGCUUAAAGCAAUCAGUAUUCAACCAUCAGUUGAAAAUGUAAUCAUGACAUUUAAUUUUGCUAUUCAACCAUCAGUUUAGAAGGUAACCAUUACAUUGAUUUUGCUAUUUUACCAUGAGUUUAGAAGGUAACCAUUACAUUAGAUUUUGCUAUUCAACCAUCAGUUUAGAAGGUAACCAUUACAUUGAUUUUGCUAUUCAACCAUCAGUUUAGAAGGUAACCAUUACAUUUGAUUUUGGUAUUUUACCAUGAGUUUAGAAGGUAACCAUUACAUAUUCAGAUUUUGCUAUUCAACCAUCAGUUUAGAAGGUAACCAUUACAUUAGAUUUUGCUAUUCAACCAUCAGUUUAAAAGGUUACCAUUACAUUUGAUUUCAUUAUAUUUUGGCUUUACACAUUAUGAACAUUGCACCAUCACCUUACAAUCCUAGUUAUCUAAGAUAGAUUAUAGGAUCUUUAAGUUAAAAUAAUUAUAAAAACAAUGAACUCUUUAAGGUUUUUAUAUAUUCUCUAAUUCUUGAAAAUUCAAUGUUUUUGUAAUGUUUUAAACAGAUUUUUUUUAUUUUGACAUUUUUUUUCUUGAUUAUUCAAAAAUAAAUUCUUGAUUAUUCAAAUAAUCUUAUAAUGUUAUAAUAGUGAAGCCAUUUUGUAUUUGUUUGUGGCACAUAGAAGGUUUUAUGAUCUAUCUUUUAACUAAUAACGUGUUCACAUGUACUCAUAUGUUCGCAGAAGCAUUUUGUAUCAUAUUGUUUUAUAUUUCUACAAUGUUUUCCUCACCAUUAACACUUACUUCAUUUUGAUCAUAUGACAAGAAGGCAAUAUUUUACUGUCAUUUUUAUGUAUGCUGUUGUUAUUGUUGACAUGUUAUACCCUAGAAUGUGAUAGAACCCCUUUUGACCAUAUUUGAAUGUCACUGUACCAAGAUAUUUGUAGAUAACUAAAAUAAAUUAUUAAACUGGAA